UGAUCACCGCCAAAAUUAGCUUACACAAUUUGCAACCACUUACAUGCCAUUCGGCAUUGCUCACGUGGUACUCGGAUUGUCUUGAAUGACAUUCGGCACUGCGUAGCUAACAUUCGGAUUGGCUUAAAUGACAUUCGGCACCACUUACGUGAUAUUCGAAUUGGCUUUAAUGGCAUUAGUAUUUGCCCUAAUGGCAUUCGGCACUGCUUACGUGACAUUCGGCGGGGACGGCAUGCGCCACACGAGCACGCAAUAAACAUGGGCAGCGGAUUACUUCAACACGAUGCUUACGAACACACGGUACUAAUGAACAGCGGCUAUUCACUGACGCUCACGAAACUUAAUUUAAGUAAGAAUGAAGAGAAUAAAGUUAAUUUAAGUAAGUACGAUCAGUGAACUGGUACGGAUAUAGAGCACGUGUGCAUAGAAAUCGAAAGAGCGCGUUUUUACAGUAAUAUGUAAAUAUGGCGGAUGAAACUAGGAAAAGGAUCGAGGCAGCGAGAUUAAUGCGAGAAGCUGCAAAACUUCUUGAAGAAUCAAAUAAAGAUUCGGCACAGCAAACCGAAAGAACCACGUCGGAGGAAUUAAGCAAACUUUUUGCUCCAUACCGAAGAGAAGCAACAAGUAAUCGACAAACAGUUCAGGAAGCGAAACCACCAAAACCCAAGAGACAACGAUGUAGUUGGGUUCCAAUGUUUAACCCGUUGCCAACAUGGACUCAUCGAUUUUGCCUUCUAUCUGAUAAAAAUGCAAACAUUGCUCCAAACAUAACCGAAAAAGAAAAGUUAAAGGCAAUGGGGCUUGGUGAGCUGAAAAUAACCUUUGAUAACAAAAAAGGCGACCAUGCGUUUCUCACUCGAAUCCUCGAAGAGAAAUUUCCGUUGCUAAAAGAGGCUGGGGGAUAUUUAAUUUGCCGGACAGCAUCAGGAAGCCAACGCUUACAAGUUAUCCCCCCAGGGAAAAACGGCUAUUCAAUACCCUAUUUACGGGAUGAAUCACCGUUGAGACAGGCAGUAGCCUAUGUUCGCCCUCUGCAAAAAUCUAUUGACACAAUAAAUACAUGCGAAGUUGAGGCAAAUGAAGCAAUUAGUGGUGCCAAUGAUACAGAUGGACCAACUGUACCAUGCCUUAAAUGUAAUAUGCAAAUAAAAAUUGAUGAAGAGUCUAUGUUAACUCAUCAACGUUUUCAUAUUGAGGAGGAAGAGCAAGAAACUCAAAAUUUAUCUGAUAACAAAAUUGAUGGAGAUGAAGAAAAAAUCAUUGAUCACACUGGUGAUGACACUUUAACCCAAGAGAUAAAUAGAAUGCAAGAAAUGUUUCCAAAUGCACAGAGGCAAACUUUGUUGGAAACACUGAGGGCAAAUGACUAUUCGACAGAAGAUGCAGUAUCUGACCUCUUAGGUUUAACUGAUGAUACCUGUAAAUCAUCAACUGCGUCAUCAAUUGAUGGGCAACUUGCAGCCUAUGCAAAGAAUGUAGACAAGGACAAUAUCAAGAUAUUGCACGUAGAAAGAGAAUGCCUGUGGGAAAGAGCACUGAUUUUUUAUAAAUGUACAGAACGCAAAGAUUUAUACCGGCAUCUCAGUAUAGUAUUCGAAGGCUAUGAAGAUGCAAUAGACGGUGGUGGUUUAAGGAUCGAAUUCUUUGGUGAUCUCAUUAGAUGCAUGAGUAAUCGCUUGUUUGAAGGAGAAGAUGGUCACCUUGUUCCAAGACAUAGCUGGGACAAUGUUAAUCUCUUGCGUAUGGGGGGCCUUAUGCUGGCACACUCUAUACUUCAACAAGGCCCCGGUAUGCCAUCAUUAGCAAAUUACAUCUACGAUUUUCUUGUGUAUGGUAACAAAGAAAAGUCGGUUUCAGCUAUCAAGCUGGAUGACCUUCCGAACACUCCACAGAAUUCCGAUUUGACAGAAUUCUUAAAAAAGAUUGAAGAUUGUACAGAUGACGAGGAGCUUUCAAAUUUACUUGACGAACCUAGAUUUUCUUCCAUUGUUGAUAGAUCUGGAUGGCCUGUGGGGAGGGUUUUAAGUAUAAAGUCUCGAGUAGAUUUUAUUAGUCAAAUCCUGAUCGAGGAGCUGUAUGACAAGCGACUACCUUCCCUGAUAAGCUUCAAAGAAGGCCUUGAUCAUUUUGGUCUAAUAAAAUUUAUCCAAAUGAGUCCCGAUACCUGGAAGCCAUUCUUUGUUGCAAACGAUGGCUCCCAAGAAAUAUCUCUUACUGCCAAGAAAUUUUUGUCUCUUGUUCAGUCAGACCCAAAGAGUGAUGAGGAAAAGAUUACAUAUUCUUAUUUUGGAGACUUUCUCGAAAAGCAUGAGAAUACAUCAGAAUGCAUUCCUGCACUUGGCGGAAAUUUUCCUGUUCUUUGUAUUCUACUAAAGUACUGCACAUCGAAUCUUCGAGUACCUCCACUUGGUCUCACAACCAGCAUCAAAUUGCUGUAUGGUAACAAAAACCUCACGAUGCCUGAUUCCGAUACCUGUUUCAAUAUUUUGAAACUACCUGUGAUCUAUAAUGAUUACGGUGCGUUUGAGAAAGUUAUGUUAGCCAGCCUACGUCAUGCGUCGUGUUCGUUUUCUGCUUCUCGGUGACUUCAGAUACUGCUACUGUACAGUAGGCAACAGCUAACUGUUUUACAAUUCAUGUUGACUAGAUAAUAUUAAUUUGUCUCAAUGUACGUAACUUUGGUUGUUUGUAACAACUGAAUAUGCAGGGUUGUCAUUGACAUUGCUAAAUAUUUUAGCUUAUUAGGUUAAUGUUUAUAUUUUGUUAGAGUGCUUUCAGUUUACAUGCAUGUAGAACUGUCAAACCGGUCAGAUAUAUUGAAUGAAAAACAAACACAAGGGAACGAAAAUUUUGGAUUAAUUCAAAACGAAGUCUAUUCUAGCCAGAUUUUAUGAGACCUAUUCCAAAAAGAGCAAGAGGCCUGUUACGAGUUACGCGAGAAC